AUGGGAGCACCCCACUACACCACCAACCCCGCACGCAUAGCACGGUUGCAGGAGAACUACGACACUGGCGUUGAGCGGGAGAAGGUUAUCGUGGCGGAGCGAGAGAAACUCGACAUGCUGAUCCUCAACGUCUCCAAGGAGAAGCUCCGGUUUCUUUUCCAGAAUGCUCUGGAGUCGUACAGCCCUGAAAUGAAGAAUCAGAAGGUGAAGGACUAUAACAAGUCACAUGCGUUGCAUAAGUCUGGCAGGUGGAAGGGGAUCUUUUAG